AGUAUUGCAACAUAUAUUUCCAUUCUAUGGGAGGAGAAGCAAAACUUCAGGAGUUUUUGAAGUAGGAAAGGUUAAAGCAGGAGGAUUGAGCCAAGAGAGUCUGAGGACAAUCGUAGGAGUCCUACUCUUCAUUUGGCACAAAAAUGACAAUGUUUAGUUAGGCAGAAGGUGAGUAUGGAUUGUAUAAACUAAGAACUGGAAAAGACUUUGAAGUUCAAGCAAUCCUUAGCUCUGUCUCCAGGCUAGACAAAAUAAGAAAUAAAAGCUAUCACUUCUGUGUGGUGCUUAUAGAAUAGAAUUAACCUAUCAGCAUUAUGGGAUCUUUGGGGUGUCGCUUUCCUGGGCGACUGUGGCACCUUUGCCUGAGUUUUGCUCUGGGCCCACUGGGCUGCUUCUGCCCACUCGCACUUGCUACCAACCUGGAUCCUGGAUCCAAGGGAGAUUGAGACGGGUGGAGCAGAGAGGGGUGUGCUAGGGGUGUGUGAGCAAGCGUGGCCACUGUGCAGUCACACACACAAGCUGCUGCCCAGGUUGGGCAGCUCCAGGUGCCAGCACAGGCUCUCCAUGAGGUGGCUGGACCAGGCACACAACAAACAGCUUCCCCCUGGACCAGGCGCAUCACAAGCAGCUUCCAACAGUGGCACUGGCGAAUGCAGUGACGCCAACCAGGGCCCCAAAGAGGGAGUCACAGCCUGGGCUCAAGGAGCUCCCAGGUCUGGGCUUCUCCGAGGGCCAGAGCUCUUCUCUCCCUGUGGGGAGCAAGGGGCAUGUUGCAGCCCUGUUUGUGUUACAGCUCUUUUAACCUUGCUGUGCAGCUCCUCAGCUCCUGCAUCAAGCAGACAAGUGGAGAAUGAGACAGAUGAAGAGGAGCAUUACUGAGCAAUGGAACAGAAGGAUAAGGAAGAUGAAGAGGAAGGAGACCUGCAGUUAGUAGCUCAUUUCCACAGUAAGGAUGUCCUUUCCACAGCAAGGGUGUCCCAAUGAGUGUUCAGCUUCUAGCAGAAAGGAGACCCUGGAGUGGCUGGCUCCUCUCUGCAAACGGGUCUUCCCAUUGAGUGUUCAGCUUUCAGCAGAGAGGAGGUUCUGGAAUGGGUAGUUUCUCUCCACAGGUAGGUCAUCCAUUGUCUUCCCAUCCUCUCUUCCAAUCUAGCUGAGUCCGGGGGAUUUUAUGAGCCUCAGAGGGAGGAAAUGCAUGCUGAUUGGUCCAUGGGCAGCCAUGAGUGGGCCCAGGGAACAGCACCACAAGUUACCUCUCUGGUCUGCAGGCUUCAAGCCCUCACCCGCUUGAGGGUGGGACUUCACUGGGGACCCAUCCCCUUCCACCCAGGAACCUGCCUGCCUCCUGCUCCCAGGCUGUUCAUGCCAAGGGGCGCCUGCAAGCCAGUGUUCAGCUGUCUUCAGACCCCUCUCAGCCUCUCUCCCACGCUUGUUGGUGCCCAAGUUCCAAAGGGGGCCGAGACGGCAGGGGGCUGGCGUGUCAGCACUGUCCUGAGCGUGUGCACACUCGGCCAGGCUGUGACAGUACCCAGGCUCGGCCCGACCUUGCUCUGAGAUCAGAGUGGGUGCUAACAGUGGAGAGAAGCCAGGCAGCUGGAGUAGGCACCCUGGAGCCCGCAGUGGGCAGGGGGCUUUGCUGGGCCUCUGAGAGCACAGAAAAUGUCCACAGCCGCGGCAAGGUGGCUGCAGCUGCACCCUGGGAGCUCCUGCUCCACCAAUUCGGAAGGGGCGGGGCUCCUGCUUGUCCCUGGCUCACCUGCUCCUGAGUGUGCAGGUCCGGUGGCGCCUCCUUGCAGCCUGGGCUCAUGGGCGGGGGCGGGGGGGGGGGAGGAAGGGAAUGUUCCAGGUCCUCCCUGGACCCGGGACUGUGUCCGGGGCAGGGAUGACGUCGCUGCAAGUUCUUCCCGUGGCCCCGGGGCUCAGGGGCAGCCCAGGACUCUCCCUCGCCCGGCUCACGGCCCUGCCUGGGGGGCGCCUCCGGGAGCAGAUCACGAGCCCUGGGGCUCAGCCCUCAGGCGCGUCCAGCUCGGCGGUCACCCCAGUGCUGGGAGGACCCUGAAGACGCGCCCCGGGCGGCCCUACUCAGAGCCUCCUCCCAAGGCCCAGGAAUGCGGCGCUGUCGGAGGUGUGCGCGGUGGCCACACCGCUGGCCGGGUCCCCAAAGCGGGCCCCGCUCCCACUUCCCGCCUUGGCCCCGAACCCUGGGUCCGGCCCCAGCGCUUUGUGUGCCAACACCGCUCCGCCCUGGACCCAGCUCCGCCUUGGGGCCCCUCUCUGCCUGCCCCUCCGUGCCCGACUACACUGCUUCCCCUCCGGCGGGCGACUCAGCCCAGUCCAUCGCGGCGGCUUCCAGGGCGGCAGGCUCCGGGGGUACUCCCGGGGCCGGCUCCAAGGACUGUUCCCCUCCUCCCCACUCCCACUCCGCGGCGGCGGCGGGCGAGAGCGGCGACAUAGGGCCAGGGUCCGGAGCGGUGGAGGCUCCGGGCCGGGGAACAGGUCCCCCCACCCGGCAACGCGAGGAUGGUGGCGGCGCAGUCGGCUGCUUUGGGGUCUCAAGGCACAGGGGACGCGAGGCACAGAUGUCCCACAGCAGCCACUGCGGCUCCCGCAGCUGCUCCGCCGCCGCUGCCCGCCCCUCCCCGCUGCAGCUGGCGUGAUGGCAGCGGCAGCUCUGGACGCCCCACUGCUGCCACCAUCAGCCUUGUGAAAUAGGUACUACCUUAACAAAUGAAAUUGAAGCAGAGACAUGUAAU